AUUUUGAUCGUGCUCAUGGCUCUCAAUAGCUCUCAUAGAGGAAUGAUCCGUAAUUCGAGAUGUACUAUCAUCAAUUGCAGGGUUAUAUGCAACGACGCACCGUUCUAUGGCAACUAUGAGGAUGACAUUGUAAAUGCCGCUACGGAAGUCGACCCUAAUUGUGAAAGCAUUGCUUUACAGCUGAACAGACCAACAUUCGAAAAUUCUAAAAUACCGGAACAUUGGCUUUCGAGAAUUCGAUCCAAUGAGGAACUUGACAAGGAACAAAUAACCAUCCUCAAAAAAGCCUUCGAGGCAUUCGAUCACGAGAAGAAGGGAUGCAUCGGUACUGUGAUGGUUGGUACUAUCCUAGGUAUGCUGGGACACCAGGUCACAGACGACACCCUUAAGGAAAUCAUCAAUGAAGUAGAUGUGGAUGGGUCUGGAGAGCUGGAGUUUGAGGAGUUCGUAACCUUGGCUUCAAGGUUCAUGGUUGAGGAGGACGCGGAAGCCAUGCAGGCGGAACUUAAAGAAGCAUUCCGUUUAUAUGAUAAAGAAGGUAACGGCUACAUCACGACCCAAGUUUUACGAGAAAUCUUAAGAGAGUUAGAUGACAAGAUCAGCGCUGAAGAAUUAGACAUGAUGAUUGAGGAAAUUGACUCGGAUGGUUCAGGAACUGUUGACUUCGAUGAAUUCAUGGAGGUGAUGACAGGAGGAGACGAUUAAACGAAUAGUAGUGUUUGUAAUAGAAUAUAUUUUCUACUUUUACACCUGUCGCUUUGCUAGCUACCGUCAUAUCUUGUAACAAUGCUUUAUGUAUAUUUCCGAUACAGAAGUAUCUAAUCGAACUUUAAGUAUAUAUUUUAUUUUGAAUUAAAGAAGUAGUGUAUCUAUAGCUAUAAAUUAUGAUCGCGAUUUACGGUUAUAGAUUCACAAGAUACUAAAUGCAAUAUUAAAUUUUAUUUAUUAAGGUUUAGAUUGAAACAGAUACUUGUCAUGAUAAAAGUUACUUUUAACGUUUUAAUAAUUUAAAACAUAGCCGAUAAGAUUCAAAAUUAAAAUUAAUCUACACCAAAAUAUGUAAUACAUUCUAAGUAUUAAUAUAAUAUAAAUUAAAUGUAAAAUAUUAUACAUUAUUGUUAUUUAUUAUCAGUUACCUCAUUUUAUAUUGUAAUAAAAAUAAACUCAAACAGU